ACUCCCUGCGUUUAAUUUGGCCGAAUAAAACGAGCUGAGAGGCGUUGGGAAAAAUCAGUGUAGCGUCAAAAUGCGAGGAAUCGAGAGCUUCUCUUUGCUUUUCAUCGUUUUCACUAUCAGAGAGGCCUCGUCGGCGGUGACUUAUGGAAGAGGUCGCUUGUCCGGGGUCAUGAUUACCCCAAUUAGGGAAAAACGGGCCCUACAGAACGUCGAAGGCGUCGAUCCAUCGCUGUGUGAAAAGGAGUGCGUGAACAGCGGCGUGUGCAUCGGGCCGAACAAGUGUUUCUGCAGGGACGACCAGUACGGCGGCGACCAGUGCCAACUGCCCAUCAACCAAUGCGACAUCGGCAACAAUGCGAAAAAUAUUGAUAAUAUGGGAUGCGUGAUUAGGAGGUGCACGAUUGAGUGCAAAACUGGUUUCGUUUUGCCCAACGGCAAAAACUCGACCACCGUCCAUUGCGAAAGGAACACGUGGGUGGACACUUUGACCGACGACGAGUGGAAAACCCUCCCAGACUGCGACAAACUAAAAGAAGAAGAGAAAAACCCCGUCAUCGCAGUUGAGGAACCUGUGAAGAAAAAACUUUGCGGUUAAUUAAAUAUUAUUCACUUUAAAGAAAACUUAUUGAAAUAAAACUCUGCUUAAUUAUCAAGUAAAAAUAAUUGAAUUUGAUUUAUUUUU